AUGGCGUCUGCAAGUUUUCAACCCAAGCCCGAGGUGGGCGACAUUCUCGUCGUGAUCCAUGACUUCACAGCCCGAAGCUCCGAUGAGCUCAGCCUCUCCAAAGGUGAUCGGGUAGAACUGAUCGAGCGCGACGACGAGUUCGGCGAUGGCUGGUUUCUGGGUCGUCACAUGGUGAAUGGGAACAGCGGAUUGUUUCCUGAAGUCUACACACGACCAGCCCCAAGGGGCAUCCAACCGACGGCAGGAGCGCCGCCGCCCCCUCCGAAACCAGUAUCCCAAGAAGCUGCAGCAACCAACGGAUCAUCAACCGACCUAAGCAAGGUCCCCUCGAUAGCAGCAAGUAGCACAGACGGACGGCCGAGCACCUCACACACGACUACCUCUUCCAAGGCCGAGUCCGCACCCAUUCUUCCUCUCAAUGCUGUCAAGCCAGAACCGUCACCCAUCUCUCCGUCUGCGCCCCUGGUGAGCAAGACACCUAGCGGUCCAGCUGCGUACAAUGGAAUUCGCCGUAUGAGUGGCGCUGGCCAGGAUAGCGCAGUCUUACACGAGACUUUGACCGUCAUCGACGAGCAUAUGAAUGAUCUGCAGUCCACCCCAAGUACCGGAGCCCUGCAUCAUGCCACGGAUUCAAGUAGCGAGUACAGUGCGCAUCUGCACGACCGGCUAUCCUACAUUCAAGGCGAGGAGACCGAUGAGGAGGAGGAAGACGCGCACACCCGGGAGCAAGUAGUUGCAUGGACUGCUGAUGACGUGGCUGAAUUUCUGUUCACCUCAGGCGUGGAGAAAAAGCACUGUGAGGUGUUUCGAGACCAGGAAAUCUCAGGCGAGGUGCUCUUGGGCAUGGACCAGUCAUCCCUGUUCCUCAAGGCAUUUGACCUGGGUUCUGUGGGGAGGAGGCUCAAAACCUGGCAGAAAAUCAAGUCGCUUCAGGAUGAGGUGAAUGGUGUCGGCCAAUCUGGGCGGCGGACAACACAGACCUACGGCAGCGAGGCGGGAAGUGAGGGCAGGAUGCGAAGUCGGACGAAUACCUUGACGAAACUGCCAACGGUCAGAGAUGGCAGGCGACUGUCACAGACCACACCCAAGAUGGAUCCUGUUUCCCCCAUCACCCCCGUUUCACCCAAAAAUCUGAAUGACAGCCCGAGUCGACCUAGCCAUGUGAAACGGCCGUCGGCUGCCUCGGUUAGAGACCUGCACCAUUCACGCCGCCAUUCGUCAACAGAUCACCGGUACACUGGCACUACUUUGGUGAAUAACACUCCCAAGCUCGCGGCCUCUGGCACGUUUCCCCAAUCCGGCCCUGUAUCUCACAAGAAGCAGCCCUCAUUUGAUCGCAAUUGGACUAUGAACAAUGCGUCUGGUUCAUUUUCCCAGCGCCCUCUUUCGUCCUCUGGCUUCGCCGGUCUCAACAAUUCCGAGGAAGUCGUAGGGGCCGAUUUGGGACUCGACUUCGACCGUGGCUAUUUUUCUGGCACAGAAGUAGAAGGGCGAAAGCGGAACACGCUUAAGAAGCGCGACACCAUCUCUGGCCACUCACAGAAGUCGAGCUACACCGAUGAGCAGCGUAUGAGGAGCGCGACUGCGCUGUCGAGACACUCGAGAUUCGGCAGCAUGGACUCGGUAUCCGGAGGUGGCGCUGCACAGAAGUAUUACGGUGCCCAUAGGAGGACGACUUCAGCUGCUACAACCGAGUCUGUACGGCCAGUCCCGCCGUCCAAGGACUACCCGCCGCCCACCGUGACGAAGCUGGAUGAUGCGGCCGCACCCCCCGUGAGACCGGCAACUCGAAACGGUGAUUGGCUCGCCAAACCGGCCAAGAUGUCUGGUUUCGGUGGUCUGCGAGCCAUAUCUGAUGCUGUGACGGGCAACGAGCGAGCCAAGUUCGCAGGGGCCGGCUUCAAGGACUCCCCGAUCCAGUCGCCCGCCUCCAGGACUGGAUCCAGCACACCAUCUGGUGGUCCCAGCUUUGAGCUGGACUCACCGGAUACCAAAAGCCCUGUAUCGUCAACUACCAUCAGCAGUCAAGCCGCUCGGAAAGCGCCAAAGAAGGGCAAAAAGGAAACCAGCGCCUACACCCGGGGACUUACCAACGUAGGGCCUAAGGAGGCCAUCAAGGACGCCGAUUUCCACGGCUGGAUGCGAAAGAGGAAUGCCAACAUCAUGUCAACGUGGAAGCCGAGGUUCUUCGUGCUGAGGGGACGUCGCCUUGCCUACUACUACUCAGAGGACGACACAGAGGAGAAGGGCAUCAUCGACAUUUCGUUUCACCGGGUAUUGCCCGCCAACGAUGAGAAACUCACAGGAUUGCACGCCACUCUCACGGGCGCUAGCAAUGCUCCGAUGGCGCCUGCGGACACGAGUCUUCCGUCGGCCGGUGACGCCGAAGGCCUUCAGAAGGGGGAUGACUCCAUGUUCAUCUUCAAGCUGCAACCACCACGUGCUGGCCUGUCUAAGGCAGUCACCUUCACAAAGCCCGUGGUCCACUAUUUCGCAGUGCCCAACCUUCAACAAGGACGCGCAUGGAUGGCUGCACUGAUGAAAGCGACCAUUGAUCGUGAUGAUACUGUGCCUAUGACCUCCACAUACCAGCAAAAGACCAUCUCUCUUUCAAAGGCCAGGCAACAGCGCCAGCGGCCACCUGCGCUCAUGAACCUUGACGAGAAUGCCGAGGAUGGACCUGAGAAGGACGGUGACGGAGAGAAGAAAAAUGGUCUUGGCAUCUCUUUCGGUGAAGUCGACAGUGCUAUCUCUGGUCUGGAGAAAUUGGGCCUUUCCCGGGUUGAGAGUGCAUCUGCACGCAAGCCAAACUUUGACCCUGAGAAAAGUCCUGGUAUGACGCUCCUCUCGACACCGCAGAGCGCCUAG